GUCUGGACAGCGUCGAAGAUGGUUGCUGGUCGAUGGUUUUAGGUGGGCUGUUGCCGCCGGAUUCCCGCACUUCGUGUCGGUGGGACAGGCGAAGAGUCGAAUCUACUCCACUGCUGUCUUACAUUGCCUAUGAUCAGUGGGCCUCAAGAUAGCCAUGAAUGAGAUGAGGUAGCCGCCCACGAGCGUGCUUAAAUCCAACUUCAGAUGGAUACAAAAUAUAAAGACGAUGUAUUUAGGAAAUAUGUACAGUUUCAUGAAUCUAAAUUGGAUGCCUCUGACAGGAAGCAGCGCCCAGUUAGUGAUGAGUAUCUACAAGUGGCAGCUUCAGCUUUACUCUGCUUUCCCAAGAUUGAUCCCUUUUAUAGAUUCCGGUUAAUUAAAUUUUAUGAGAUUGCUGAAAAUUCACUUCGGUCCUUGAAAGCUUCAAGUUUGCAUUCACUCCAGAAUGCAUUCGAAGUGCUGGAAUCAGUUGGAAUUAAUCUUUUUCUUUACCCUUGGAAGAAGGAAUUCAAAAACAUUAAGACUUACACAGGACCUUUUGUUUAUUAUGUGAAGUCUACAUUAUCUGAUGAGGAUAUAAAACAAAUAUUAAACUUGAUGGGAUAUGUUCAAGAACUUGGAACUAUGUAUAAGCUCAAAGACCUGGUUGAUACCUUUCAAGUUAAGAUGGUAUCAUUUGAACUUUAUCUGGCCAAAACAGAAUGUGAACAGUUGAUUGAAAUUCACUUGCAAGUGAAGGAAAAAGGUUAUUCAGAACUUGACAUUGUAAAGGAGAGAAAAAAUAGUAACGAUGAUGUUCGUGGCUGUUCAGAUGCCUUGAAACGCCGUGCUGAAUGCAAAGAGAAUCUAAACACUUCCAUGUCACGAAUGGUACUUCAGAAAUCUGCUAGUGAAAGAGGCUCUAAAGAUUAUUUCAAACCCAAAGUUAGCAAACCUUCUAAAUCAGUGGACACGUAUGAUAAUUACUUGGAUAGUAAGAAACCACCUUUGAUGGCAUCAUUGAGUUUCCGGAAAGAGCCCAUUUUAGUUGAUACUGAAGAUGACAUUAAAGAUGAAAUAAUUCGACCAUCACCAUCCCUCCUGGCCAUGUCAAGUUCUCCACAUGGAUGUACUGAUGAAUAUUUGCCAGUUUCAUCCCACACCAAUGGCAUAUUAAGAACAGGUAUGCCAUUUGGUACUUAUUAUUCCCCUCAAGAUGAAUUAGAUUUAUAUACUGACCCUGAUUCUAGAAGCACGUUUAAAAGACAAGAAUCUGCUAAACAUGAUGUAUGGCUGCUAAAAAAUGAUACCAAUCCAAGUUAUCAUAAACGUACACAUCUAGCCAAAGAGACCUCUUCCCUUAAGUGCCAAAACUGUGGAUUAUCUUGUGGCACCUCCAUUUGCCAAAAAUGUGACAACUUGCUCAUCUGCAGACAAGAAUAUCCAGCAAUAAAACAAAGCAACUAUUCGCUCAAAACACUUUCAGGUGAAGGUACAAUGUCUGGAUCUGCUGGAAGGGAAAAGCCACAAUAUAUGUUACAGACUCAAGAGCGAGCAUCUCAUAGUUCGAAAUCCAAACCUUUGGGUUCUUCACGCUGUGGCUUUUGCAACCGUUCAGGAGCUGCCAACACAUGUACUUAUUGUUCUAAAGUUUCCUGUGAUACUUGCCUCAAUGCUUACUAUUAUGAUCCCUGUUGUCGAAAAAGUGAGGUUCACAGAUUCUUGCCAAACAAUCAGUUAAACUACAAAUCAAACCAGCUCUCACAUCUGGUUUAUAGAUAGAUUUUUUAAAUUUAUUUUUUCAAAAUCCUAUAUUUUGGGGCAAAAGGGCUAAAAACACAAAUAUGCUGAUAAGUAUUUUAACAAUCUUUUAAGAGAAAAGAAACAGAUAUGCCCUAUUAGUAUAUACAGCAUAGGUGCCAAUCCUGAUGAUUUGGUUUUACAAAUGUUUAUGGCGUAGUUGAUGCUGCUACUCUUCUUUUUAGGCGACUCUUAGUUGCUUUUCCAUUUAGAUGAGGGAGAGAAGCACUUCUUUUCUUUAGAACCAGGCAAUCAAUUUCCUUUUUUUGCUAAAAAGAAGACAUAGCUGUUUCUUUGUUGUUUUUGCCUCAUUUAUGUAACAUAGCACCAGUAUAAUAACUAAAAGGGCAACUUAGGAACUAAGAAGAACAUUUUUAAAAUAUUGUAAAAUCGUUUGUUUUGGUAGUUUGUACAAAACAUUCAUGUGUAUGUUUGCUCUUAUCCCACCCCCCGCUCCCCAUUUUUUUAAAAAGAAAGUUUACAUACACUUCCUAGGCUCCAGUAGACAAAUCACGGGUGGUGUCAUUUUCUGGACUUUCCAAGAUCUCUCUCUCAAAAAUAUAACCUUAUAUUUUAAACCAAGUGUUUACUUUAUUCUCCAUGUUGCCAAAACAUCCAGUUGUUUGUUUCACUGUUCUAGUAUUCUAAAGAUGUCAAUUUGUAUGUGUUACAUUAUGCUUGGAGUGCUCUCUUUUCUAAUGAGCAGUGAUUCAUCUUCUGUUGCACAUGUAUCAAAUUCUUUUAUUUUUACUGUAAAUAGUUAAUUUGGAAGUAGUUUAUUUUAAUAAAUAUAUUCAAUAUGUUGUCUUUUAAAAAAAUGGGUAAGAUCAUGUAAUUGAAGUCUCUGGGUUAUUUUUUCAGAUAACAUUUUUUUUUGUACUGUAUUUCACCUGCAGCAUAUUACCACUGUUAUAGAGACUUGCUCCUAAAAAUCGAUUCAUUCUUUAUUCCUUUCAACUGGAUGAAAUUCUGCUUCCUGAAUCAGAAACGUUUGGACACAUAAUUUCACCUUUCUCUGCCAUAUUUACAACUAAAUUCUCAAUAUUAAAAAGAGUUGGGCACACACACAUUCACUUAUGCUGUCUCUCAUUCACACUUCUGGGAGUAGUUUACAUACACUACACCACUGCACUCCACUGCAAAUUGAUAGUAUUAAAAAAAAAAAAACGAGGAGAGGAGUUAAUGCCAUUUCCAGGCAUUAAGAUUUCUCUUUGUGGAGGUAGAGUUAAAUGCAUAAUUUGAUCUAGUCCCAAAGUGUAUCAAGGUGUCAUUCUAACAUUUAUAUAGCCUUGUUAUGCCAUUGCAUUGAAUUCUGAAUUUUGUGGAACGUUAUCUUUGACCUAAAACUGUACAUUUUAAGAGCAUGGUUGUUGAUUCUAGGAUUUAUAAGAAUUGUAGUCCUUUCACCUUUUAUGUGAUGAAACUUAUAUGAAUGGCCAGUGAUUACAUUAUCAAUGUGCAGGGGAGGGAUUGGGUGGGAAGGAGGGUUAGCAAGGGCGGGCAGGAACUCAGAGGGGAUUGAAUAAAUGUUUGCUGACAUUCUUUUGUCAUUAAUGAGCAUCAGAUGUGCAUCUUCAAGUGAUUGUUAUGGAAGGUUGCCGAGAGCAAAAUACUAUCAAAAAAGGCUACAUACUCAAGAAAAUCAGAAAUAAGAUGAUCACAAUGGCUUUCUACAUUCAGUAAUUUAUUUUAUUUCCUGCCAGCAAGGAAGCUUAAUGGAAUCAUUGCUUAUGUGAGUGAUUAAGAUUUUCAAAACUAUAGAUGGGUUUUUAUCAGUGUAUAUUAAUAUACCUGUAAAUACAAUGUGUAUAUAAAGUGUCAAAACAAUUCUAGUCUUUCUAAAGGAUCUGCCUGUAAAGUUUAUUUUGUUGUAUUGAGUUUCUCUUCAACCUUUUAAAGCAUCAUGGCUGUUAUUAGCUGGCUGCUAUACUAUAUAGUUUUUAAUUUUCUCUUGUUUGGAUACUAUGUUGUUAUUCACAUAACACUAACUAAAAACUGUGAUGCCACGUAAUUUAUACAGUGAACCUAGCAGGGAUUAACUAUCUUGCUUUUAAAGAAACAGUCCUAUGUAUAUAUUCAUCAUGGAAUACCUAUAGUUCAGAAAAAUGUAAGUGAUACUAUGCUAAAUAUAUUUUUAUGUGUAACUUACUGUAUGAGAUUGCUGUGAUUGA